AUGGCCAUGCGCACCCCCGCUGCCGGCCAGCAAGCUUGUGCCAGUACUCUUCAGUCAAUCGAACCCACCGAAGGCGUUUCCUCCCGCAGGUUGAAGAAGCGGGAAAUCGACCGACGAUGUCAACGCCAGGCUCGUGAGCGGACGAAGACUCGCAUCGCCUACCUCGAAGGGCUGGUAGAGGAUUUUCGACGCCAGGACUCCAGCGGGCAACUCGCGACGUUGCUGAAGCAGUUGAAGGAGAUGGAAUCCGAGAGGGACAUGAUGGCAAAGACACUCAAGGAUAUACAAAAGGCAAUGGAAACACACAAGUCGUUCAAUCUGACGACCGAGGAGGAGAUGGAGGGCAAGAGAGGGUUAGGCCAUGAAGGCACUCGACGCGACCGGAAUUCUAGCAGCGUCUCUCCACUGGCGGACGAUCCACCGAUAGCCUUGCAAGAGGAUCACGCAGAGUUGCACAAGAGGACGAGCCCUUCACGAAACUUUGAUCUGGCGGUAUUCUCGCCUGCUCCCAGCUUGCCCUUGCGGUCACAAGAUCAGCUUUUCGCUCCAGAGGUUGUCCCGCUACCUGGGGACGGGCAAUCUCCGUCCGAAGUCCUGGUUCAGGCCAAGUGCUCCAAGGAGCCGAAUCCUAUGCCUUGCAAUUAUGCGGAGAACUGGACAGCUCCUCUCAGCUCAUGCUCCUGCGUCAGCUGCCACCAACAUCAACCCGGUCGACGUUCUGUCUGGCGAGGAAACUAUUGGCGAUAUGCAAACGAGGUUCUGAGCGAACGCUUUGACUGGACAGAGGACGUGGCCCCAGAAUCGGAUGUCUUGUGCGACGACGUGCCCAUUCGUGCCCUGCUCGAGGGAUGGGAUGCAGUGGCAAGUCGGGCGCCCCUACACCCAUCGUGGCAGAUCUUGCGUCGGAUCGACGAGACGUUGUUCGCGAUGUGCCCCAAUGUCGAGCGUCUCGCCAUCCUACGGGCGAUGCACACUUUACUACAGUUCCACACUGAAUCAACCUCAGAACGUUACGUGCGGCUCCCCCCGUGGUACAUGCGCCGCCCAUCACAGAAGAUUGCUCAUUCUUAUGCCAUUGAUUAUUUCGCCUGGCCCGGCGUUCGGGAACGAUUCAUCUUCAACGAGCAUGACUAUUGUGGCAAUGAAUUUUGGACUUUGUUCACCACGUCCUUCAAGCUCCUAUGGCCGUACGAGUUUCGCGACUGCUACACCCGAGAGAUCGAGACGGGCUUGUACAAGGUCUCACCGAUGUUUGAUCAGCGGCUGUCGGAUAUUAGGUGCUGGACGAUGGGCCCGGACAUCUUCAAAAGGUUUCCCGAGCUGUACAGUGACAUGCCCAGCUGGAAUCAUAUUCCGCAGACGCCUUCGUCUGGUGAGACCACAAUGCUCACGCGAAUGCGGCAGCGGAAGCUGCUACCGCCAGCCUUGUCUCCUGAAACGGUGCAGACUGGACGUAUCGAUCAGGCAGGGGAAGAAGAGGAAGCCAAGCCGUCGCCCGCAGGAGGUCAGUAUAUUCCGGUCGAGACGCUUCAUACUCAUGUCGUCCAAACAACCAAACCACGGAACCCGCGACAUCGUCACCAGCAACACCACCGCGACCAGUUUCAGCCACCGAGUCAGCCGCACGCACAUCAAGCAGUGUCUGAUCAUCAUAUGUACAGUGUGGCGGAUUUCAAUGCAGUUACGGCGUUCGAUGCGUUUGCGUAUGGUACCGCCACCGAAGCGGAUUUUGCAACUAUGUACCAUGCCGAAAACCUCGAAGAGUUUCCGAAUAUGAUUUUCUGA